UUCCCAAUAUGGUUCCUAAUAUGGAUCUUUUUUAAAUUAUUGAAAUAUGUUGUUAGGAUAUAUAAAAUCGAAAUUUUACAAAUAAAGUACAUCAAUGUUACAUACCUUUCUUUUUCAAAUCAAGGAAUACACUUUGUAUUACUAUUCAACCUGAUUAGAUACAAAAAAAAACAGUAAACAACAUUAAGGAAGUACUCCUAUAUUGACAACUAUUCAUCUAUCAAUGAAUCACCAUGUAUACUAUAUAGUAACUAUUCAAUGUUAUUCAUAAAACCAUCAUAAUAUUCAAUUGAUUUCUUAUAUAAUAUAAACUAGUUAGAGAUUAAUAGAAUGGAUAUUAGCUAAAAGGAAAAAAAACGAAAUCUAUAAAUUAUGCCACAAAGAAAAGGAUUAUUAGCUCCACAAAAUACAUUUCUUGAUACGAUUGCAACACGAUUCGAUGGAACACAUAGUAAUUUUGUACUGGGUAAUGCACAAGUACAUGAUUAUCCUAUUGUAUAUUGUUCUGAUGGAUUUGUUGAAUUAACUGGUUAUAAUAGAUCACAAAUUAUGUCAAAAUGUUGUUCAUGCAGUUUUCUAUGGGGUGAACGAACUGAUGAUAAUGCUAAACAAUCAAUAUUAAAUACAUUAGAAAAGAAAUCUGAAUUACAAAUUGAAAUACAGUUUCAUAAGAAAACAAGUGAACCAUUUCUUUGUUUAUUGGAUAUUGUACCAAUUAAAAAUGAUAAAUCACAAGUUGUUCUAUUUCUGGUAUCUCACAAAGAGCUAUCGCCUGAUCGACAUGGACGAAAUAAAGCUAAUUGCAGUAUACCUGAAUCAAGUUUAAAAGUACCAUAUAUGUUAUCUGCUCAACAUUUAACUGGUACAUCACCAUCAAACAAAACACCAAAUUUAUUAACAAUGGGAUUAGCAACAACAAUAACAGCAGCAGUUUUAGGUUCAACUGGAUUUCGAAGUAAUAAAUUAUUAGAUUAUUUAAGUGCUAGAAAGGAUACCACAACAACACCACCACCACCAACCACUACAACAACAGAAAAUAAUGUCAUUACUCAUAAUAAACUGGAUAGAAAUACUUCAAUUGUAAAUAGAAAGUUUCCAGAUCGUGGUUCUGUGGAUUCAAAUAAAUCCUUGUCGAAAUAUUCUUCAACAAGUAGUGUUAUCAAUAGCCCAAAACAAAAUAAUCUUUUGGAUCCAAUCGAUGUGGAAAGUGGUCCACUUUUAAUAUCAGAAUAUAAAAGUAAUAAUAAUAAUAGUAAUAAUAACAGUAGUAAAUUAUUGACUCCCAGUCGGUUGAUAGUUCAUGAAUCUGAGUCAACUGAUACAUCAAGUGAUGAAUCAAGUAAUCUAACUAAUGAUCCAUCAACGGUUUAUAAAUUUCAACGAAGACGAAGUCGUGCUGUAUUGUAUCAUUUAUCUGGACGAUUUGAUCAAAAAUCCAAGCAUAAAUUACCAUUUAAAAAGUUUCAACGUAUUUCUGGCAAAGAAGCAAUACCUGAAUAUAAAGUUCAAGAUGUACAAGCAUCAAGAUUUAUAUUAUUACAUUAUAGUUUAUUUAAAAUUAUAUGGGAUUGGAUGAUAUUAUUAUGUACAUUUUAUAUAGCUAUAAUGGUACCAUAUAAUGCAGCAUUUUCUCAGGGGGGUGAUGAAAAAGAUUUAAUUAUAUGUGAUAUUAUUGUUGAAUUAUUAUUUAUUAUAGAUAUUAUAUUAAAUUUUUGGACUACAUAUGUUAGUAAAAGUGGGCAAGUUGUAUAUCAUUUAAAAGCGAUUGCUAUUAAUUAUUUACGUGGUUGGUUCUUUCUUGAUUUAUUGGCGGCUAUACCAUUUGAUGUUAUUUUGGCUGUGAAUAAUCCUGAAAUACAAGGUACUAUUGGUGAAAUGGGUAAUUGGAUCCAUUUAUUAAAAUUGGCACGUUUAUUACGAUUAGCAAGAUUAUUUCAAAAAAUUGAACGUUAUUCACAAUAUAGUACAGUAAUCUUGGGUUUAUUAAUGUGUAUGUUCUUUCUUGUUGCCCAUUGGUUUGCAUGUGGAUGGUAUUGUAUUGGUAAAGAAGAAUUUAAAUCAAAAAUUACAAGAGAAUAUAGUUGGUUAUAUGAAUUGGGUGAACGAAUGCAAUUAAAUCGUUCCUAUUUAACAGUGAAUAAAACAAAUGGUUUAACUAGACGUGCAUUAUAUGUUUCUAGUUUAUAUUUUACAACAACCAGUUUAACUAGUGUUGGAUUUGGUAAUGUAUCACCGAAUACAAUAAAUGAGAAAAUAUUUGCUGUUAUAACUAUGCUUAUUGGAGCUCUUAUGCAUGCAGCAGUAUUUGGUAAUGUAACAACACUUAUUCAACGUAUGUAUUCAAGACGUUCAGCAUAUCAAACAAAAAAUCAAGAUUUAAAAGAUUUUACACGUGCACAUCAUAUACCAAAACCAUUGAAACAACGUAUGCUUGAAUUUUUUCAAGCUAUGUGGGCUAUUAAUCGUGGUAUAGAUAAAGAGGCUAUUUUACAAUCAUUCCCUGAAAAUUUACGAGGUGAUAUUGCUUUACAUUUGAAUCGUGAAAUACUAUCACUUAGUUUAUUCAAAAGUGCCAGUCCUGGUUGUCGAAAGUGUUUAGCUCAAUUAAUAACUACACGUUUUGCUACACCUGGUGAAUAUCUUGUGAAUCAAGGCGAUGCAUUACGAUUUAUCUAUUUUGUCUGUAGUGGUUCUUUAGAAAUACUUGGUGAAGAAGGUACAGUUGUCGGAUUACUGGGUAAAUGUGAUAUAUUUGGAAGUGAUAUGGAUGAUUUACCUAUAUUAGGAUUUUCUGCUUAUAAUGUUAAAUCAUUAACCUAUUGUGAAUUACAAUGUAUAGCAUUAGAUCAUCAAUUACAAGAGAUAUUUGAACAAUAUCCACAAUUUCGUAAACAAUUUGCAUUAUCCAUAUCAGAAGAAUUAUCAUUUAAUUUAAAAGCAGGAUUUGAUCCAAAUUCAACUUUGGAAUUAAUUCCAGCAAUCACUGUCAUUAAUGAUAAAAAUAUAACUUUCAAUGAUCAUUCUAAUGAUAAUAAUAUUAAAUCUAAUGAAAUAAUCAAUGAAGAAUGUUCUUUAUUAAAUGAUUCACAUAACAAGACAAUAAUCAAUAAAAUAGAUAAUCAAAUCAAUCAUGAAAAUAAUAAACAAUCAAUAAUCAAUACAAUCAAUAAAAUCAAUACAAAUAAUAAUAAUAAUAAUAAUAAUAUAAAAAUAAAUAAUCAAUUUGAUAAUCCAUUCAAUAAUAAUAAUCAUAAUCAAUCGAUAAAAAUAGUUGAAAAUUUAAAUUUCCCACCAAAAAAUCAAUUUAAUAAAUUUAAACAAAAUUCAUUAGAUUUAUAUUUAAAUUAUUUACAAAAAUCAAAUAAAUUAUCAAAUUUUUCUAUGAUUUCAAAUGAAUAUAAUAAUGAAAUAGAUCAUUUAAACAAUAACAACUUAUCCAUUGAACAAUUGAAUAAUAAUAAUAAAACAAAUACUACUAAUAAUACUACUAAUACUACUACUACUACUACUACUACUACUACUAAUAGUACUACUACUAAUAAUAAUAAUAAAUUAUAUAAGAGACGAUUUGAUUUGAAUUACCCUCUUAUGAAUUUAUCAAAUUCUUUGGAAAAUUUUAUUGAUUAUUCUAAAAUGAAAAUUUCAAUAUUAGAUAUAAAAUAUAAAUGUAAAUCAUUAAAUGAUAUUAAUCAUUCUAAUGGAAAAUCUUAUGGAAUUUAUUCUAGAAAUGAAUGGAUAUAUAAUACUGGCAAUUACUGUCAAGAUGAAAGCUUCAAUCGAAUAGAUGAUAUGUCCAUCAAUUUAUACCAUGGUAACAAUACUACUAGUACUACUACUACUACUACUACUACUACUACUACUACUACUAAUAAUAAUAAUAAUAAUAAUAAUAAUAAUAAUAAUAAUAAUAAUAAUAAUAGAAUACCAGAACAAAAUCAGCUGAUUUCAACACUUUAUACAAACUUUCAACAAACAAAAAAUGAAAUUACCAUUAUAAAAUCAGAAUUAUUAAAAAUCAAUGAAAAACUUGAUAAAAUACAAAAACAUUUUUAUGAAUUUACUAAAUUUUUUAUAAAAAAUGAAAAUGACGAAUUAACAAACGUUUAUACUACUAAUAACAGUCAUAUUAGUAGUAAUAAUAAUAACCAUGAAAAACGAUUAAAAACGAUCUAUUCAGUGACAGAAAAUGAUACUACAUCUUCAACACAAAUGGACACUACUCAUACUACCACUACUACUAAUAAUAAUAAUAACAGUAGUAAUAAUAAUGUAAGAAAUUUAAAAGAUGAUUUGCCUACACAUAAAUCUAUGAAACCAUCAACAUUAAAUAAUUCACGUCCAUGUUUACAUCAAUAUAAUAGAACACAUCAUCAUCAUCAUCAUCAUUAUUCACCAGAAAAUCGUGUAGUUACAUUCCAGUUACCACCGCGUAAUUAUGAUUUUCGUAGUCAAAGUUUAACCAGUUCAAGACAAAUAUCACCUGAAACACCAAAAUUGAAUCCAAUUAAAAAAUUAUUACAUAAACAUCCAUCUAUAUCACAUGAUCUGAAUUAAAGGCAUAUUCAAACUUCAUUAUUACACAUACACAUGUAAUAUGUACAUUAUGUAAUCAGUAGUAUAUAUAUAUAGAUAGAUAAAUACACUCAUUUUGUAUAGAUUCACUCAAACGAUACACAUCCACUUCAAUCAAAAUGUUGUUUUUGUUCCUCCUUUUUUUUCAGAUAUCAUUUUUGUUUUGUAUUUUCAAUCAUUCUCUUCUUAUUUCUAUUCAUACACUAAAAGAGGUAAAGAAUUUGAAUAGAAACUAUUUUUGUUUGACUAUAAUGUUUCUAUGAGUAUCUUUAAAUGUUUAUUCAUUGAUUCACCUGAGUUUUUACUUCUGUUUAUAUGUGUGUAUGGAAGUGAGUGAGUGAGUGUUGCGUUAUUCAUAGAUAAGAUGUACAAAUCAUUAGAUAAUUCUAUCCUAGUCAGAAUGAACAUAUUUUUUCUUCAACAACAAAAGAAAAGUGUUUUGUAUCCAUCUUGGCAACAACUUAUUUUUUACUAAUAAAACACUUUACUCUUUCUUCUCCUUCAAAAAACAAACAAACAAAACUAUACAAGAUAUACAUUUUUUUUCUUAAAUCAUUUUAUGUGUAUAGUGAUAAACAUUCAACAAAUAUGUAUAAAUCAGUAAAUAUCAAGAAAAUAUGAAUAACACUUUUUGGGGGGGGGCGGAAUAAAAAUGAAUACCCCUCCCCCGCAAUAUUUUCAACAAUGAAAAUGAUGUGAAUUAAAUGGAAAAAAAAACAAAAAAAAAGAGAAAAGAAAGUAACAAAAGAUAAUAUAGUUAAUUAGAUUUUAUGAUUGACUUUAAUUGAUUUACAUUUGGGAACUAAUUCUAUUUUGUAGAUUUGAAUAAAAUAUAUUUUUUUUAAGAAAAAUUUACAUGUUUCUUAGAUGAUAUCUGUUGUGAACAGAACACUAGUUGGGGAC